AGAAAGUUACAUGAAUGACAGUGACAGUCAGAGGUACUGCAAAGUCAUAUAAAAAAAAUGUGUGGACACAGGAGGACUGAGAAGAAAUGAGCCACACAGAAACCUCCAGAACGAAGGGUCUAUUAAGGUCCCCUGCCUUGAUGGAUUAUACCCUUGAGCCCAACCUGACGGUGACGUCCGACUACUACUAUCCUGACACCUUCUCGAGCCCCUGCGAUGGGGAACUUAUCCAGAGAGACAGCAAGUUGCUUCUUGCCAUCAUCUACUGCUUCCUGUUUGUAUUUGGCCUUCUGGGAAACAGCCUGGUUAUCCUGGUCCUUGUGGUCUGCAAGAAGCUGAGGAGCAUCACGGACAUAUACCUCUUGAACUUGGCCUUGUCUGACCUGCUUUUUGUCUUUUCCUUCCCCUUUCAGACCCACUAUCAGCUGGAUCAGUGGGUAUUUGGGACCGUCAUGUGCAAGGUGUUCUCUGGUUUUUAUUACAUUGGCUUCUUCAGCAGCAUGUUCUUCAUCACCCUCAUGAGCAUGGACAGGUACCUGGCUGUUGUCCACGCCGUGUAUGCCAUAAAGGUGAGGACGGUCAGGACGGGCACAGUCCUGAGCCUGGCAGUGUGGCUGAUCACCAUGAUCGCCACUGGCCCAUUGCUAGUAUUUUACCAGGUGGCCUCUGAAGAUGGUGUUCUCCAGUGUUAUUCAUUUUACAAUCAACAGACAUUGAAGUGGAAGAUCUUCAUCCACUUUGAAAUAAACAUCUUAGGCUUGUUGAUCCCAUUCGCCAUCCUCCUGUUCUGCUAUGCCAGGAUCCUGCACCAGCUAAAGACUUGCCAAAACCACAACAAGACCAAGGCCAUCAAGUUGGUGCUUAUUGUGGUCAUCGCAUCUUUACUCUUCUGGGUCCCAUUCAACGUGGUCCUCUUCCUCACGUCCCUGCACGACAUGCACGUCUUGGAUGGGUGCAUCCUGAACCAGCAGCUGAUUUAUGCCACCCAUGUCACAGAAACCAUUUCCUUCACUCACUGCUGUGUGAACCCUGUUAUCUAUGCUUUCAUGGGUGAGAAGUUCAAGAAAUGCCUCUCAGAAAUAUUUCAGAAAAUUUUCAGCUACAUUUUCCCCUCCAUGGGAAGACAGAUGCCCAGGGAGGGGUGGGAAAGGCGGUCAUCUUCCCACCCUAUGGCCUCCCGCUCCUCCAGCAUAGACUACAUUUUGUAAGGGGGGGGCGUGCCUCCAAGUGUCCUCUGCCUUCAUUGCCACUUUUCUCUAAAGAAAUAAAAAUGACUUCCGUGGGGGCUGUGAAGCCAUGUAGGAAAACUCUUAGGAACUUUGGUUUAAGAUACAGACAUAUUUUAUAUAUUUAAUCCAUUCCUACUAUUGCAAGUUAAUCUCAACUUUCAAAAACAUUGGUACUAUUCUGGAAAUAUUCUACAUAUUCCACUUUUUUUAUUUUUUAGCUUUAGGAGGAUGCAAUAUCUUUAUUUUAUGUUUAUGUGGUGCUGAGGAUUGAACCCAGUGCCUCAUGCAUGCUAGGAGGGCACUCUACUGCUAAGCCACAACCCCAGCCCCUCGACUACUAAUUUUAAUGCUAGCAGUAGGGUAUUUUUUUAAAAAAAUAUUCUUAAUCCGGUGCAGUGGUGCACACCUGUAAUCCCAGCUACUUAGGAGACUGAGGCAGGAGGGUCACAAGUUUGAGGCCAGCCUCAGCAACUUAGCAAGAACUUGUCUCAAGAGACAAAACAAACCAACGCCUUCCACAAAACCAAACCAUAAUCUUGAUAUUGAAGAACUUCUAUUCUUGCUUCUUUGAUGUCUUUAUUAGGCACAAAUUUAAAUGUUAUCAAAUCCCUUUUUCUUAUCUAUUGAUGUAACCAUAUAAUUUUCCACCACUGUUAAUUUGGUUUAUUACACUGAUUUUAGUAUCUUAAGUCAACCUACAUUUUUCCUGAAAAAUUAAAAAUGACCCUUUGGUCUUGGGAUUCUUAUAUCUGUGUUCAUUAGUCUUGAAGUUUCCUUUCUUUUCAUGACCUGGUCAUAUUUGGCCUCUUAAAAUGUAUUGGGAAGUACGCCCCUUUUCUCCAGUUUCUGAAACACUUUGUGUACAAAUUUGAUAUGAUGUCCUCCUUGAAUGUUUGGUAGAAUUCACCAAUGAAUUUAUCUGGGGUUCCUCUCCAGGAGAAUUUCAAAUUAUGCACACAUGUUCGGUGACAGUCUAUUCAGUUUCCCCUCCCUUCCUUCUCUUUUUUCUAUCACCAGCCCUUUCCAUUUUUAUAUCGUGAGACAGGGUCUUACCAAGAUUCCAAGGCUGGCCUUGAACUUGCAAUCCUCUUGACUCCUUCUCCCAAGUUGCUGAGAUUACAGGCAUGCCUGGAUAGACUAUUCAGAUUUUUUAGUUUUGCUUGUCUCAGUUUUGAAAAGUUGUGAUUUCAUUUUAUUUGUCAAGUCUACUAGCAUUAUACUGUCCUUAAUAUUUUCUCAUUACCUUUUAAAUACAUGAGGAGCUAAGUAAUGUCCCUUUUCAGCCCUGACACUGACAACUAGUGUUCUCUUUCUCUUUUAGAUCAGUCUUUGGGGCUUAUCAGUUGUAUUAAUCGUUUAAAAGAACCAGCUUUGGCUUUGUUGGUUUCCUGCCUCAUCUGUUCCUUGAUUUCUGCUCUUAUCUUCAUCUUUUUUGCUUUCUUUGAGCUUAAUUUACUGUUUUAUAUUAGUUUCUUGAAAUAAAACCUUCCAUCAUUAAUUGCCAAUUGUUGUUCAUAUAUUUAAAUCUACAAGCUGAGUGCAGUGGUGCAUGCCUAUAAUCCUAGCAGUCUGGGAGGUUGAGGCAGGAGGAUUGUGAGUCAGUCUCAGCAACUUAGUGAGGCCCUAAGCAAUUCUGUUUCUAAAUAAAAUUUAAAAGGGGCUGGGGAUGUUGUUCAGUGGUAAAACACUCCUGGGUUCAAUACCCAAUACAACAACAAAAAAAAAUCUACAAAAUUCCCUUAAAGCACUGCCUUAGGUGUAUCGUGUACAUUUUAAUGUAAUAGAUCUUCAUUAUUUUUUCAGUUUAAAUUAUUUUCUAUUUUCCAUUAUGUUCUCCUGCUUAUAAUCAUGAGUUACUUAGAAAUUAAUUUUAAAUUUUGAAACAUAUGCAGACUCUAUAUAUGUGUUCACUUUCAGUUAUUUGAAAUUUGUUGAGAAUUAUUUUAUGAUGCAAGAUUUGGUUUGUUUCAAUAAGUGUUGCAUUACACUUAAAAAGAAUGGCCAUAGUAGGGAGGGAAAGGGGGUCAUGAACUGAAAUCAAUUUCCAUGCAUGUAUGAGUUUAUUGGGACGAAACCAACUACUAUGUUUAAAUAUAAAGCUCUGAGGGAAAAAAGAAAGAAAAAGAAUGGUUGUAUUCUGAAGUUGUUGUCCAUAGCUGAUUAAUUAGAUUGUUCAAGACUUCUAUACUCUUGCAGGCUUUUUCUUUUGCUUACUCUGUGAGUAACUAAGAGAAGUACAUUAAAAUCUCUAGCUGUGGUUGUGAA